AUGACUAAUAAAUCGGCUAGAAACAUCUUUGUGGAAAUUGAUGGUGAAGAACUGUUUUCCAAAAAACUCAGAGGUGCAAACAGCUAUGGACAGCUUGGUCUUGGGCAUAAAGAGGAUGUGCUGGUACCUCAGUCACUGAAAGAUGUUUCCUGCAAAUGUCAAGACAUUAAAAGCAUUACUGGAGGAGGGGGACAUUCUGCAGUUAUCACUGGUUCAGGAGAACUCUUUGUAUGUGGCCAUAACAAAGAUGGGCAGUUGGGAUUGAAUCAUGCAGAGGAUGUACUGCAUUUUACUUUGUGCACUGCCUUGUCUGGCUUUUGUGUAAAACAAGUUGCCUGUGGCUGGGAUUUUACAAUCAUAUUAAUAGGAUCUGGCCUAGUUCUAUCCUGUGGGUCUAACUCUUUUGGACAAUUAGGAGUUCCUCAAAUUUCAGGUCCGUGCUUGAUUCCACAAAAAAUUGAGUCUCUCAAAGAGAAGGUGGUGGAUGUUGCUGCAGGACUGAGACAUGCCCUUGCUGCUACAGAGAGUGGUUUGGUGCUUCAGUGGGGAACUGGCAUGGCAUCUCGGGCAAAGCGUGCAAACCAAGGAAAAACCCUCCCCCUGUUCUUGACAGCAAAGGAACCCUGUGAAGUAACAGGCCUGGAAGAUGUAAAGGUGAAGACAGUUGCUGCAGGCUCCUAUCAUUCGGUGUCGCUCACAGAUGAAGGACACCUCUAUGUCUGGGGUAGCAACAAACAUGGGCAGCUAGCGAGCAAAGAAAUCUUUCUUGCUGAGCCCAAGAAGAUUGAGACUCAGUUUUUCUCAUGUGAAAAGGUUGGAGCGGUUUGGUGUGGCUGGACACACUUGGUGGCACGAACAGAAACCGGCAAGGUAUUCACCUGGGGCAGAGCGGACUAUGGGCAGCUUGGAAGGCACGUCGUGGGUCCUGAUGGGCAGGAGGCAUGCACGGCAUCUGAACGGCACUUGGAGCUGUUGUGUAACGUCCCUAUUUCAGUGCCUUGCCUAAAUGGAGCAUCUCAGAUCGCAUGUGGGUCAGAGCAUAAUCUGGCAGUAGUUGGUGGCCAGUGCUUCUCUUGGGGAUGGAACGAGCAUGGGAUGUGUGGUGAUGGCACAGAAGCAAAUGUUUAUGUCCCGAAGCCAGUCAAAGCUCUUGGUUAUGCAAAACGGAUCUUAAUUGGAUGUGGGGCAGGACAUUCCAUGGUUCUUUCAAACUCCAGAUUAGAUUUAGCACACCUGAAAUCACAGCAUCAUGGAUGCAGACGGACAUUUUUGGAUCGCGCAGCUCAGAAGUGCUGCAAGAGGAUUGCCCGUGAUUAACACGAUAGUUGGAAAGUGCAGAAGGUUUUUUUAAGACUAAAAAGAAGAAGUAUGCAUAGAAAACUGUAACGUUUUAAAAAUUGUUUAAUGAGUCCUUUUCACAGGGAUUUACUUUCUUACCCACAGAUAGUGACAGACAUUUUGCCUUGAUGCAAUACUAUUGAAGAAAGAAUUACUUGUUCUUCUGAGAAGCCUUUGAGGAGGAAAUCAAGUGCUUAAUUGCUUAUUGUUGGUGUAUAAAUUCAAUCUGAGGAAAUUGUCUGGAAAGGUGGAGACACAGGGCCCCUUGUAGUCUUUUAUUAUUGUAUCUUUAUGUCAUGAUGAGCAUGUGUUGCACCUGCCAACUUCUGCUGGAGUUGUAAGCUCCCAGCAUCUCAGAAAAUCCAGUUUGCAUCACGGAGCAAUGCCAGUGCACAUAAAUAGAUGCAGACACACAUUUUAAAAAGAAGAUUAGGAUUUUUAAAAAAAGAGAGGUAUAACUUAGAAGGCUGGCAAAAGAGGAAAAUGAGGCCUUUCUGAACUAGCUAUAUCUUGAUUAAACUGUGAAAGGAACAAUAUUUCUGAUAAAUUAUCUUCUGUGCCAGACAUAAUUUUAUUAUGGAUUUACAGGGAUGCAGAUCUGCAUGAACUAUCAUUAACUUGCAGACCAAACCUGAAGUUCCUGAAGCUACUGCUCAGGAAAGAAGAAAUUCUAAGAGAUCUUUGAAACAGU